AUGGAAUCAAGGCUUAAUUACUUGGUAAUCCUCGCGUGCCUGCUGUUUCUCCUCGUCUACGUGGAUAGCAAAGUCAAUCAGCAUCACAAGGAGAACGAUAGACACCGUCAUGUUCGUCCACACAAUAUGCAUAGACCUCCGUACGAGGGUUACGAGUGGUACAAAACUUAUGACCGAGCUUCAGAUCCGAGGAUGAGCUCUUCAAACGGAAUGAAAACCAGAUAUUUUGAUGCAAAAAAGGAGGAAGAACUAACGCCCGAGGAUCAGGAUAGAAUGAGGAACGAAAUUUUUCGAAAAGUUCUCUAAACAGCAACAUCUAGGCAGAGAUACAUUUAACAUGUUAAAGGAUUCUUAGAAUUGGGGAUAAAUAAUAAGAGUGAUUGAUUUAUCUA